AUGUAUAACUCUGAAUACAACAUCGAUGCAACUCAGUUCCUGAAUAACUCCUUCAAAAUCGAGGUUCCGACAGUUGGAGCCACAUCCACUGUAUCUGUUAUCCUCCCUGAUGGACACUACAGCUAUACCGAUAUUAUUCGAAGCAUUCAGACGGCUCUCGUAAAUGCUGGAGCGUAUUUAAUUAAUCCAUCUGGUGAGAACGUUUUCUAUAUUCAACUAACGGAAAACAGUGUGUAUUAUGCUGCUCAAUUCGAUUUUAGCGCUACUCCAACGACACUUCCUACAGCCGGUGGCACUUGGACACGACCAGCAAGUGGGCUUUAUUCGUCAGGCGGUACUGGUUUGCCAACAACAACGCGUGUCACUCGCAUCAUCAUUGAUAACGCCUCUUUUGGUAAAGUAGUAGGAUUGACUGCUGGUACGUAUCCUUCAGCGUCUGCAACGGUUUCAAGUGCUCAGCUGUCAAAUACCAUUCCUCAGAUUCACCCAACCUCGAGCUACAUCGUUCGAUGCGACCUGAUCAAAAACGAGUAUGUUGCCUCUGGUGAUAUCCUUAGUGCGUUUGACCGUGGUGAUGCUCAGGUAGGUCAAUUAAUCAGCUAUAAGCCGAGUCAGUAUGCUUGGAUGAACUGUCAUAACGGCGCGAGAACGUCUAAUACGAUCAGUAUUUAUAAUCAAAACGAUCAAAAGGUUAAGUUCCGUGAUACUUCUGUCUCGAUCAUGUUGUUGUUGAGGCCAAAAAAAUAA